UCAGGGCAGGUUGGUCGUCAGGUCUUUUUGUACGCACGCGUAGGCAGCAUCUCCCCCACUUCAGGAUUACCAGAACCAUUGUAUGCAUGUAUUCGGGUAUGUUGUCUCGCCAGAAGGGUCUUGCUAGGUAUGGUGCGGUACUCCUUGAGGCAGGGGUUGAUUUGCAGACUCUGUGCGAGAUGACAGCUGAUGACCUGCGCAAGCUCGCCAUACCACCCUCGGCUCAGAAUGAUAUAGCGUCUAUCAUUUUUGGGCGAUGCUGCGAGCCUGAACGCAACAGUGAGGCCAUCGUCUUGCAGGAGACCGCGCCACCGCCCAGGCACCGGCCGACGCAGGCACGGACAGAAGCUGAAGGCGUUGUACCGAGUUACCGCGGCGCCUCCAUAGAACAUCCUGGCAAGGGAGACAGUGCGAGACGUAGUACAGGGAGGACGGCCAACAGUACCUCGGCUCAGGAGGAUUGGGUGUCUACCACGUCUGGGCGAGAUUGUGAGCCUGAACGCGACAGUGAGGCCAUCGUCUUACAAGAGGCCGCGCCACCGCCUAGGCAACGGACGAAGCAGGCAUGGACAGAAGCUGAUGGCGUUGUACCGAGUUACCGCGGUACCUCCGUAGCCAGAUCCUCCGUAGCAAGUUCUCGCUACGCAGACAGUGCGAGACGUACGACAGGAAGGACGGACAACAGUAUGUUUUCUGUGAAUCAGUGGUUCGCGGCUUUCGUGGAUGACAAUGCUCGGCUGAGCCACAGGGCCAUUGCGCAGAAAAACGCAUUGCGCAGAGCGGGCCUGUUGCUCGUGCCUGUGUUUCUUGCGUUCAGGGCCAUAAGCUUCAAGUGGGCCUCAAACAACGGCACGCCCGAGUUUUCACUCUUCUUGCCCCCCAUGGUGGCAGCGCUCAUCGGAGCUGGGCUGGGCAGCCUGGUGCUCUUGGCAAGGCACGGCGUCGACGCCGCGCGAAAGCUGAUUCACAAACAGUAUAUGCUUGUGUGUGGCAUGGGCAUCUUGCGCGCCUCACUGUUUGCGUCUGAAAAUGUGGCUCUCGCGAACAUUGAUGCACUGCUGUUUGUCGUCACGCAAAAGUUUGCAGUUUGUCCGUUGCUCAUCAUGGAGGCGAUUGCCUAUAAAAAGUGUCCAGCAGAUGCUCUGCAGCUGCUGACUAUUGUAAACGCACUUGUGGGCAUCUGUUUGCACAUGGUGUUAUCAUUGUCAGACGAUGCUGACGUCAGCCUUCUGGGUGUCAUCUUCACCGUGCUGUCAGCGAUGCUCUAUGCCCUUGCUGACACAUUGAUGGGGUAUCUUUCGGUCAGACGUAUGGCGGACACAGAGGACGCGGGUGCGGAACGAAUCCGUUGUCUUAUUGUAGCGGAGCUCUCCAAAGCAGUGGUGCUCAUGUUUGUAUCGCUGACCUUCGAGCCAAGUUUUCUUCUUGACAAGGGCAUGCUACAUGGAUGGGACUACAAAGUUGUGAUUGGUGGAGUUUUGGUCCCAGAGCUGAAAGUUAUUUGGCUCGACGUGAUGGUAAUGGUCAGUGGCGCAUUGUCGGCACACUUGGCGGCCUCCCUCGAUAUCGCAGUCACGUAUGUACUCGAGGUUGUAGUCUUCAGGACAAAGGACUUCGGCGCUACAGCAUUACUUUUGGUAAUGAUCACCUGCGCCCUCCUGGCCUAUUUCCUACACAUGAUGCUCCUUGUCCGAGCACAAGAGGAUGCCCUGGUGGAAGUUCGUUCCAAACUCGUCAGCCGGUUUUCCCAGGACAGCGUACUGACUCGACGCCUGUCGCAAACGAGCCUUGGGAUCCCAUCGCCGCGCGCAUGAGGAAAGCGACGGGCUACGGUCUGGCACCCUGGGCUGGCGCGUCGCUUCGCUGGGCCUGGCCCACCGCGCUUCGUCGCGACGCGCUGUCCACCCCCCGGCCCCCAGGCGCCCAGGGUCUGAGCUUCUCGUGGCCUCCCGGCACGCGGAGCGGAGCGACGCGCGGUCCACUCGCAGGGCACGGCGUGUCGCCGCGGCCGCCACCGCGACAUGCUGGGCAAGAGUGCCCGACCGCAGCUGCUGCGCGCGGCCCGACGCGAGAAGAGCCACGGCGGCCUCUCGGCUCCUGGAGCGGGGCCCCCGCGAGGCGGUGGCGCUGCACCCGCGGCGCGUGGCCGGCUCGGAGCCGGCCGGCCAGGUGUUGUGGCCGUGGCCAGGGGCCCCCAGCCAGGACACUGCUGACCAGGACUCUGAGCACUCCUCAGGAGGGAAAGAAACACACAGACACC